UAAAUUUAAAGCAGGUUACGUAUCCGAAGUAUCGGGCGUUCUAUUAUGAAUAUUUAAGUAGGAAAGAAAAUCCGAUUGUUUACCAACACGGAUUGGAAGUUUGUGAAUUUCAGCAAUUUUUGUAGUGGAAAGUUUAAGCCUACCACACAUCUUUCACAGUACACUAGCGUAACAGCAGAAAGGAUUCAAGAGGGGGGAGAAACUAGGCUGGAAAUAGUGACAAAUACACAGGUCGCCUUAUUUAUUGGCGAUUAGUUACGACCUCUUCGUGUUUUGUGUGUAACUUGAGAUGGUGGGACGCGCUGUGAAGUUACCCCAAGUGGACAUGGGCUCACAGCGAAUAGGCGUACAACCAAUGUGUCAACGUGACAAUGCCACAGUUACCAACGAUAUAUGAAUAUUUAGAAGAUGUAAACUGAUAUUGGAGACGCGGUGGAUGAUGAUUAAAGACGUGUUUGCUGAAUAGGGUAACUAGGUACCAGGACGAGAAUUACUUCACUGCCAAUACCGACCCUUGGACGACGAGAGAUGCUGUACUUGUCAAACUCGUGAUAAGAUGCUGGUUUUUAUUUAAAACAGCUGGUAACUUGUAUGUAAGCGUGUAGUUUCAGGGGGCCUUGAACUAAGCCCUAUUUUGCUGGUAUUUAUUUUAUUUUGAAAGUAUGUGACUCACUGAACAUAAGUUGCUGGUGGAAUUACUCAAACUAUAUAAAACAUCACUGGGGAGCAACGUAGACGCAGCUGGUGCGUCGACAGACGACAAAAAUGGGAGAAAAUACUAAGAUCUGACGUGAAAGGUCGUGGAGUGGAAUGGCUGGUGAGACAGAUUCAAUGGCAGGAGAAUCCAGUGAAUAUUCGGAUUCUGAGUCUGAAACUCCUACCGUGGGAGUAAAAUCCGACUGGAAUUUCAACCGUGCCUGUGCCAGCAGCAGCCCAAUUUCAGUUCUUCGUCUCGCUGAUUUGGAAAUCUCAGACGAAGAAUGUUUUUGCUCCCGCCUGGCAGAUGUGACUCCCUGGGACUACGACGAGUCGGCCACAGCAGUCCGAGAUACGGACAACAGGCAAAAACAUGGAAAACAUAAAAGGCAUAAAGAUAAACACUACAUGUUACCAACAAAAGCAUGGGGUGUAUCUAGAAUUAAAAAGUCCACAGUCGAGCCGGAUCCGUACCAGUUUCAGCAUUAUACUAACUACAGACAGUACAUGGAAGAGUACAGAACGAGGCAUGGGUACAGCGCCAAGGCAACAACACCAGAAAAGAACAAACAAUUGGAAAAUGGACUGGGAAGUAGUGACCCAUAUUUUCAGAAGAUAUGUUAUAUUCUACAUAAUCUUCACAGCUUUGCGUUUAUAAGACAAGCGAGGUCUAUGUUGCAGAGUGGACAAGGUCCCAACGAGGCGACGGAAAUACCCAAAGAGGCUGAAGGCGUUCCAAACGGUGCUGCAAACCAAAGCCCAGAUGAAACCGUGCCGUUGCCAAAGUCAGCUCCAGCCUCACAAUCGAUACCUGCCGCACCGUCUUCACAAACUGGAACUGAGAGUCCCAUGAAGCAGAAACCAUGUCAGGACGAUCCACCGACAUCGCCGCGUAAACCUCAAAACACUACCGAAAAAUUACCUCGGAAAACUAAGUUCAGCCCUGAGAGUAACUCCUCAGAGAGCGACGGUCAUAGCAAAGGUAAUGGGGAUUCUUUUGCCAAGGGGAACGUGGACAUAAGUCGGAGAUCGGUGCUUCCAAAAUUAACACCUCGACGAGGGGAACCUGGAGUACGGCUUGCUCCUGAAACGAUAGCUUUACGACCAUCUGCCGAUUCCGAGGAGGCCAAACUCGGUGCAGGAAACCCCGUAAUCGCCAGCUACGUCACAGACAAUUUCAGGGAGAAUAAACAUUUGCCAACACCUUCCAACCCACUGGAAGAAUUUCGCGAACAUGCCAGAUCACAAAAACGAAAAACGUUUGGAUUAAAAUCUGUCCAUUCAGUUGACAUUUUAAGUGUGAUAAAAAAAUAUGCAGCAAAAGCGAGAGAACUAUAUCCACAGUUAGCGGCAACGGGCCCUGGCAUCGACCCGAAACCGAUCACAGUACGAACUUUGGGGCAGCCAGCUCAAAGACAGUUGCCAAAACUGAACGUCAGAUCUAUCCUUUUAAAAAGUGGCGAUCACCAAAAUGGCACUGACAAUGGUGGCAUCGUAUCGUCUGAAGGCGGUAAACCGCGAAAUCGUCCGCCUACACCGAUGCCUAAUUUACUCCUUCAAGCUCUGACUAACCCCGAGCAAUAUGAACAAUGUUUGGCAAGGCUAAAGCAGGCGGAAGAUUUGGUGAGGCCGCGCCUACCCAGUAGCGACAGUGAAGACGGACAGGGCAGCAGCAGACUAACUCGAUCUGAUAGCUUCAAAUGGGAGCUCGGGGAACUGAGAAAGGCGUUCAAAAGGAGGGACAAGAUGAAAUCCCCCCUUUCAAAAUCUGAUCCAACCGGUCAGUCUCUAAAGCAGAACUCCGAUAUCAACAAGAAAUCUUUCGAUAAUCAAAAAAUUUCAUUCAGUACCACAGAAGGAGUGUAUAAGUAUAAAGUCCCUUCUAAAGAACGGAAAGACCCCAAAAAGCUUGAUAUUACUGGGUUUCCUUACAGAACUCGAGAACAGCACGAGGCUUUCUAUGCACGAUUGAAAAAAUACAAAGCACAGGACGGAUAGAGUGCAGUGAAGUGUACAUUGUAUUAAACAAUGUGUAAAUCGUAUAAAUCCAUCUGACCGAUCGCCAGCCAACACGUUCUUUUUCGCUCGGCAGUUUAUGCACUGUAUAUCCAGGGGUGGAAUUUUCAUCAAAUGAACAUAAUAUCUAAAACUGUUUGAUGCCUUCAAUUUAAAUCAGGUUUUAACGAUUGUCUUUAAAAAACAAGGACGACUUAAAAAUUAUUAAAAGUACCUCUACUGUCAAAGUAAUUUGUUUAAUCAGACUCACGGUCCUUGCAAUCACGCGACCGAUUUAUUUGUUAGUGCAAUGGAUCAGGUUAAUGGUUUACUUAGCGUUGAUUCAACCUAGGGUCAUUCGGCUUCUGUACAUCUUGAGCGAUAUGACCUCAAGUAACCUAAAUAAACAUGGUGCUACAAUGGGUAAUAUUCAACGAAAAUAUUGAAUAAAAAUACUUUUAUUGAUCA